ACCUCACGUUAGGACUCGGAGUUUUAAACGCGCGGCCCAGGGGCGCGCGCAGGGCCUUGGCGGCCUAGGGCUCGCUGGAGAGCGGAGGAGCGGGGCGGCUCGGGCGCCUGGCGUCGCGCGCGGAUUGGCUGGCCCGCGGCUUCCUCCGGCCCCAGCCAAUCGCCGGGCGGGACUUCCUGGAGGGCUCGCCUUGGCCCGCGUCGCUCGGGCGCUGAGGGAUCGCGAGGAGGUCGCGCCCCGCGCCGUCGCCAUGAGGCUCCCCAACGCCUGCCUGCUGCUGCUGCUCCUGGCGCUGGCGCAGCUGCUGGCCCCCGCGAGCGCCGGCGGGGAGGACGAAGAUUUUCCUGAUAAGGAAGAUACCAUUGAGGAUGAAGAUGAGGAAGAGGACAGCGAUGAGGAGGAAGAGGAAGACUUGGAAGUUAAGGAGGAAAACGGUGUCCUGGUCCUGACUGACGCCAACUUCGAUACUUUUGUGGCUGACAAGGACACGGUGCUGCUGGAGUUCUAUGCGCCGUGGUGUGGGCACUGCAAGCAGUUUGCUCCAGAGUAUGAGAAAAUCGCCAGCACGCUGAAGGAUAAUGAUCCCCCGAUUCCCGUGGCUAAGAUAGAUGCCACCUCGGCGUCCAUGCUGGCGAGCAGGUUCGAUGUGAGCGGCUAUCCCACCAUCAAGAUCUUGAAGAAGGGCCAGGCCGUCGACUACGAGGGCUCCAGGACUCAGGAAGAAAUCGUUGCCAAGGUCAGGGAAGUCUCCCAGCCUAACUGGACGCCUCCGCCCGAGGCCACGCUGGUGCUGACUAAAGAGAACUUUGAUGAAGUUGUGGGCGAUGCCGACAUCAUCCUGGUGGAGUUUUAUGCCCCCUGGUGCGGGCACUGCAAGAAGCUGGCGCCCGAGUACGAGAAGGCGGCUAAGGAGCUGAGCAAGCGCUCUCCCCCGAUCCCCCUGGCCAAGGUCGAUGCCACUGCGGAGAAAGACCUGGCCAAGAGGUUCGAUGUGUCCGGCUACCCCACCUUGAAAAUCUUCCGCAAGGGAAAGCCUUUUGACUACAACGGCCCUCGGGAGAAGUACGGUAUCGUGGACUACAUGAUUGAGCAGUCGGGGCCUCCCUCCAAGGAAAUCCAGAGCCUGAAACAGGUCCAGGAGUUUCUGAAGGAUGGGGAUGAUGUCGUUAUCAUUGGGGUCUUCCAAGGAGACAAUGACCCUGCCUACCAGCAGUAUCAGAAUGCAGCCAACAACCUGAGAGAAGAUUAUAAGUUUCACCACACUUUCAGCACUGAGAUUGCGAAGUUCCUGAAGGUGUCCCCAGGGAACCUGGUCGUCAUGCAGCCUGAGAAGUUCCAGUCCAAGCACGAGCCCCGGAGCCACAUGCUGGCCAUCCAGGGUUCCACUGAAGCUUCAGCCAUCAAGGACCACGUGGUGAAGCACGCCUUGCCCCUGGUGGGUCACCGCAAGACCUCCAAUGAUGCCAAGCGCUACGCCAAGCGCCCCCUGGUGGUCGUCUACUACACUGUGGACUUCAGCUUCGACUACCGAGCUGCCACUCAGUUCUGGCGGAGCAAGGUCCUGGAGGUGGCAAAGGACUUCCCCGAGUACACCUUCGCCAUCGCUGACGAGGAAGACUACGCCACGGAGCUGGGUGACCUGGGGCUCAGUGAGAGUGGUGAGGAUGUCAACGUGGCCAUCCUGGACGAGGGCGGGCACAAGUUUGCCAUGGAGCCCCAGGAGUUUGACGCUGACACCCUCCGGGACUUCGUCAUAGCUUUCAAAAAGGGAAAACUGAAGCCAGUCAUCAAAUCCCAGCCAGUCCCCAAGAACAACAAGGGCCCAGUCAAGGUGGUAGUGGGCAAGACCUUUGACACCAUUGUCAUGGACCCCAAGAAGGACGUCCUAAUCGAGUUCUACGCGCCCUGGUGCGGGCACUGCAAGCAGCUCGAGCCCAUCUACACAAGCCUGGCCAAGAAGUACAAGGGCCAGAAGAGCCUAGUCAUUGCCAAGAUGGAUGCCACCGCCAACGACGUUCCCAGCGACCGCUACAAGGUGGAGGGCUUCCCCACCAUCUACUUUGCCCCCAGUGGGGACAAGAAGAACCCAAUUAAAUUUGAGGGUGGGGACAGAGACCUGGAACACCUCAGCAGGUUCAUAGACGAGCACACCACAGAUCGGGGCAGGACCAAGGAGGAGCUUUGAGGCUGCUGCUCUGGGGUGGGAGGCCAGGGCUGUGGGCAGUGGCGGCCUUUUUGUUUUGUUUUGUUUUGUUUUUUAUACUUCUGUAUGUCACCUUGUGCUCUAAAUACUGAAUAGCCAUGAAUGACUAGUUUAGGCCAGAUUUUUAUGGAGGAUACAUCUAUUUUUAUCAUUUGGGAUCUGUUUUUUGUUUUUUUAACCUUCUACUUUCUUUAAUAUUUCCUCAAAGCACCUAAGUUGAAUCUCUUCCAUGUGAGAAUGUUUUUUAAUUUAAAGUUUAAAAAAACCUUUGCCA